CAAAACGGAAUGAAAGUUGUAAAGAUGAACACUUAGAACAAUUUCUUUGGAGCAUGCAAAACUACCGGUUCAAAAUGAUGCCAAAUGUACUUCUGAUCCUGAUCCUGAUUCAAAUAAAGAAUCAGUAUCCAGUGGCAUGGAUCAAGAAAUUGUCUUAAUUGACAAAUUGCACAAUUUGACAUCACUAAAGCACAAUGAAAGUUGUAAAGAUGAACACUUAGGAACAAUUUCUUUGGAGCAUGCAAAACUUCCGGUCCAAAAUGAUACCAGUUCAUCUGUUCCUGAUGUUUCUGAUGAUAAAUUAAAAUCUACAGAAUCUUCUGAUGAAUCAAAUACGCAACAUGAAACUUCUCCAAUUGCAACAUCAAAAACUACAGAAAAAAGUGAUGGAUCUUUUUUAUCUAAAAAUGAUUCCGUAGAACAAAUACUGGAGCAAAAUUCGGGGUUUGAUGAACAAGUAUUCAGAACAAAUAGUGAUACCAGAAACACACCUACAAUUUUAAACAGAACAUUCAGCCUUGGGUUCAAUGAUGAAACUCCUAGUCCUGAAAUAGAUCCAAAAAUUAUAGACAUCGAUUCCUUCAAAACAAGCACGCCUUCUAAGAAACACAAAAAGACCAGUUUAUCAGAAAGUCCUAAAAAAUCACCCAGAAAACCAAAUUACGACUUCCUAAAAACCGGGCAGAUCAAUUUGGAAUCCUGGGAUAAAUUCUUAGGCGACAGUUUCGAACGUAAUAACGAAGACGAUGACUCUGUUUUCGAUGAUUGCGAUAAAGACUUGAAUUCAUCAAGUUCCAAGGAUGAAAAAAUCCAGAUUAAGGAUUUGGAAAAUCUUACGGGCGAUGAAUUUUUCUUGGUUCCACCAGCUGAUACGACGAGCGACUCGUCGUUUAAGGAUCUUUCGGAAAAUACUGAUGAUAAUAAAGAGAAUAUUAAAUAUCAAGAAACGUCGUCUUCUGAUACAACAGAUUCAGAUCUUAAAUUUCAUUCUACCAAUAGUGACGAGGAGCAGGAUAGCGUCAAGUUGGCAGAGAUUAGGAGGGCGUUGAUUUUAUCCUUGCCGGAUGCUCAGGGCCCGAGGACCAAGGAGGACACCAGCGAUUACGAGAGCGGAACCAAAUCUGCGCAAAACACACCAGACAAUGUGCAGUCGCAGAAGAGGAAUAUUUUAGGGGUCCUGGAAGCUGGUUUCAGUGGUUCCUCGACCAGUUUUCCGUUUCCUGAUUAUUUUUCGGUUCCGGAAAAUGAAGGCGGCGGCACGUCGGAGGAAAGGAACGAAAUUUAUAUCAGAUAUAAUGCUGCCGGUCCACUAAGCCCAAUUAUGGAGGACUGGGUAGGAGAAAACGACGAUGAUAAAUCCCAUCAGGAUCAAAUGAAUGAUCAAAAACUAUCUUCAUCGGAUAGUUUGUGUAAAACAUUCAUCAUAAACGACACCCUGGGAGAUAGUACAAGUUACAGUGACAGAAGUGCAGCUCUAACAAGCGACAAACCUCGUCAAGUUUUGGGUUCCUGGUGCUCCAACGACACCUUGUUCAAUGUAGAAGACGCCUUGGACGUGGAAAAGAUCACCUCACCAGCAGAAAUCACAGGCGAAGAAUUCAAAUGUGAUUUGGAUAAAUCUAAAGCAUCUUUUGUCAUCUACGAUGAAACUCAAGACUUAGAUAAUAGUGAAAAACAGUUGGAUAAUGGAAUGAAUCUAAUUCAUCAGGAUCUGAAGACUAUAAUGGAUGAUGAGAAGGAAUUGAAGAGACAUAGGAGUUUUGAUGGAAAAUUGGAUGUGAUUUGCGGGGACUCGCCGGAUGUGUCCGGUUUUGAGGAGUCAACUUUGCAAGAAAAUUGUGAUAAAUAUAAGGAUGAUGGAGAAAACAAAUCUGUGGUACCAGAUCUUUCUGUUGUAGAAAAUCAAGUAAACCCUGACAGUACAUUAAAUUUAAAAGGUGAUACAAAAGAAAUUUUUAACAAAGAUGCGAUUUUACUCGACGCACCAGUAAUACAAGAAAUCAAAGAAGAGGUAUUAGAGAUUCAAGAUUUAGUUGAAUCUUUCAAACCAGUUUGUGCAGGGGACGUCAAUAUUUUGAAUGAUGUGUCUAACAAUGCAAUGGUUAAAGAGAAAACAGAUCUGGAAACGUGCACAAAUCUUGGAAUCAAUUUAAAUUGCCAUAAAUCGGCGGAGCAAAUUUUUACGGAGGAUUUGCCGAAAGAAGUGGUACUUGUUACUGAUUUAGACAAUGAUGGUAAUAAGAAUCCAGAUCCAGAGAAAACUGAUACUCUGGUAACAGAUGACGAAAAUUUUGAUUCGAAACAUCCAAUUAUUACCCAAGAUGAUGUCGAUAAGGGCGUUAUAGAUAAGUCGGAGUUAAAUGAAGUUACCUUAGAGCCUGAUAAUUUAGAUCUGCAGAUAAAAUCUGCAGAUGAAAUUCUUAAUUAUUCAUCCAAUGAUCAAAAUUUAAUAAGCUGCUUUAACAAUAUUUCAGACAGCGGCGUACAAUUUGAUAUUUCCGAAAAGGCAGAGAAAAAAUAUCAAAAUUGCGCAAAUAAUAUUUCUGUAGUUUGUGCAAACAUGCUGGAGGCUGAAAGAAUUCCAGUGCCAAUUAAAGCACAAGAUAUUAACUCAUCUGACGAUAUCCAGAACAAAGAAAACAUAAUAACCUGUGAUAAAAUUCUAGGAUUGCAAGAUCCUUUCCUCGUUAACAAUGGUCUAAAUACUAAAGACCCAAAAAUAUUUCAUGUAAAUAGGGUCAUGGAAGAUACAUACAAAAUACCUGAUGGUAGUACAAAAGAUUUAUCAACUAAUGUGAUAAAAUUGUCUAAUGACAAAAAUUUCGACGAGAAGGAAAAUAUAUCUGGUAUCUGUACGAUAGCCACAAACGCACAACUUCAAUCAGCAUUGGCAGAGAAAUCGCAAAACACUCCUGUUAAAAAGUAUUUGAUUAAGAAAAGUGAUACUAAACUUAAUUUUUUACCAGCAAUCGCUGAUGAUAACUGUGAUGUGAAUGGUACAAAGUUGAACGGUAGCUCGAGUUUUAAAAAUGGUGGUAUGUAUGAUGGUGCUGAUGGUGAUGAUGAUGAUGAUGAUGAAAAUAGUUGUAGUGAAGAGGAAAAUGAGGAUACUAUUUCUUCAAAUAGUGAGGAUUAUGAUACUCUAACGUCGUCUUCGCAGUCUGGACAAGAGUACGAGCUACAACGUGAUAACAAUGAAGAUGAAGAUAAGGGCAGUCUCGAAAUUAGCGCUGAUCAGGCGAGAGUAGUCAUUCAACAAUGUUUGUUUAACUUAGAUGGUGAGAACGAUCCUUGGACUUCGUCGAACAUCAAAUUUUCAGAAAGCGAUAUAAUGACCACCUCCUUCAGCUCCGAAUCUCCGAUGCCAAGUCCGCAAACGAACGAAUGCGUCCAAUCGAAAUUUGGACGCCAACAAGAAGACUCCAACCAAAGUUCGCCCAACGAAAAUUUGGACGACGACACGGGUUGCGAGAGCGAAGACACGAGCGAAGAAUUCGAAUGGAAAUCUGGAAACGAACAAAUUGAAACGACCAACACCAACACCAACAAUGUUCAAAUCGACACUUCUAAAAACGAUAUUGAAAAUGGUACGAAUGACACUGAUGAAGUCAAUUUGGACACUACGUUGACCGAUGAUACGGUGAAUGGUGAUGGCAAACCGGAAAUUUCUGUGGAAAACUAUGAUGAAAAUCAGGAGUAUGAUAAUGAUGAUGAUGAGAGUAGUGAUGAAAGUGAGGAGAUUGAGUUUAUACCUUCUAUUUGGAACUCGUCUGCGGUUCCUUCAAGAUCGUCUUUGAAAAGCCCUGAAAAUAAUACAGGUAAUAGAGAAGGGAAAUCUGUUGUGUUUAAAAAAGAAAAAUAUUUAUCUGUGUACGAGUACCCGAGAGAGCAGGAACACUGUUCGUAUAUUGAGCCGAUGUAUGAUAAUAGCCUAGCUUAUGCACCUAAUGGACCUGUUUUGUGUUUUGAUAGAUUCUUCGUCACUUCAACCACACUGCCAUUCAACGAGUACGAAUUUUACCCAACAAGUUCAGAACCAACAAAAGACUUCGACACGACCACGGAGCAAUUCAACUGGGAAACCGAGGAAUCAACCAGCAACAAUCCCUUCGAUUCUGAAGAUUUGUUAAAUUCAACAACCGAAUUUGGCGACUCACAAAGUCCUGGAUUACAACCCGACGAUGAAGACCAGUUUUCCCUGAAUCCAAUGCCUGGAGGUGAGCAAAUGUACGAAUUUAAUGAUCAAAAUCUGUUCGAAUUUGGAGUAGAUUCCGAUUGGAAUCAAGGAAAUGAAGAAGUAACUAGUUUCAUUUCGCCCGAUACUCCAGAUUCUAAUAAUAGUCAGAUUACGUUGAAAUUUAACACCGAUGGACCCAAGUUGUCCAGGAGUGACUUUGCUACUCCAGAUAGCGGAAUUGAAAUCACGCCAAAUACUGAUAAUUUUAACAAAUCCAUGAAAUUUUCUGAUAUUGAUACGAACGAAAGCGGUAAUAAUUACGAUGAUACUCAAAUUUUGUUGGAAACUAAUGGGAGGGUUAAGGAGAAUAAAGAUUUUAAUAAUAUUGAUAACUUAGGAACCCUGUGCCAUACAAAAAGUACUUUAAAACUACCCUUAAAUGUAAGAGACAAAGAAGCAGCGCUGAUUAGUACAAAUAAUGAUGAUGAAAUCGAUAAACAAAUAAUUAGUGAGCAAGAAAUAACAAAAACAGAUGAUGAAUUACAUAAUGCAUUGAAUGUGUUAAAACAGACUUUAGAUACGGUUAAAACCAACGAUAAGGAAUUACUUCUGAGUGAUGUUGGUUCCACAAAUAGCGGUGACGAAGAUUCAGGUAUUGAUAGUGCUACUACCUUAAUAGAUAUCAACAAUAGAUCAUAAUUUCGGUUAAGGAAUGUUCACUGUUAUAUAUGAUAUACACAUACAAGUUUUUAAUUAAUUUCUAACACAAAGUUACUUG